AUGCGUUUUUAUGAAUCUAUGGUAGAACUGCAGCACGUUUUAGGUGUUACGGUUACUAGUAACUCAGCUCUCGACAGCGAUCCUCAAACAGGAACUGUAGCUUAUCCUGCUGGGUGCGUGGUCGUUCUCUACAAUCCUAGGAAAAACAAACAGCGCCACCUAGUGUCCGAUGCCAAAAGGAACAUCACAACUCUAUCCUUCUCCUGGGAUGGCAAAUACUUGGCAACCGGAGAGUGUGGAGCCGUUUCGCACGUUCGGAUAUGGGACGUCCAGAAACUCACACAAAUCGCAGACCUAUCAGGCCACAAACAUGGGAUCAAUUGUGUGGCAUUUUCCCCUAACCUGAAAUACGUCGUGUCCGUGGGCUCUCAACACGAUAUGGUAGUCAACGUAUGGGAUUGGAGAAACAAGCAGAAAGUUGCUUCCAAUAAAGUCUCUUGCAAGGUAAAAGCCCUGUCAUUUGCCGCAGGCGGCAAUUAUUUCGUGACCGUUGGCAACAACCAUGUGAAGUUCUGGUACUUGGAAUAUUCACGAUCGACUAAGUACAAACUGGAACCAGUUCCUCUUAUGGGCCGGUCCGCCAUAUUGGGCGAUCAGAGAAAUAAUUAUUUCUGCGAUGUCGCCUGCGGUCGCGGGGAAUCUGCUGACAGCACUUUUGCAGUCACCAAAUCAGGACUACUCUGUGAAUUCAAUGGACGACGACUGCUGGACAAAUGGGUCGAACUGCGAAUAUCUGUGGCGUAUAGCAUAACCGUUGGAGAGAACCUGAUUCUGGUUGGGUGUUCGGAUGGUAUCGUGAGAUGCUUCAGCCCCUUAGAUCUUCAUUUCAUUUGUACACUGCCCAGGCCGCACUACCUGGGUGUCGACGUUGCCAAAGGCCUCACUGGCAGACAAAUGUCCGGCCAUCCUCCUUCUUCGAAAUACCCGGAUGUAAUAGCGUUGACUCUGGACGAAACGAACAAAAAAGUCACAUGUGUACAUAGCGAUCACAGUCUCUACGUCUGGGAUGUGAAAGAUGUGAAAAAAAUUGGUAAAUCUCAUUCAUUUCUCUAUCACAGUGCCUGCAUCUGGGGCGUUGAG